AUGGCCACUAUAUUGCAGGGAAAUUUUAUAGAAUCAUUAUCAUCGAAAGUUUAUUAUAGAACAAUGUUUGAAUCACAAACAGAUUAUUGCUUCGGGUCUGAUGAUAAUAGAGAAUUUAAAGAAGCAAGAUCUAAAUUAAAUAAAUAUGGGAAAAUUAGCAGUAUUGAAAAUAGGCUUAUGAAAGCUUUAUGUCGCGUAUCUUUUACUAGUACAGGAGAUGAUUGUGAUAAACAAUGUCAUAAGUUAUACUGUUGGUUAGGAAAUGAAUUAUUUAAUAAAUUAGAGGAAGAUUCAUUUUCAGAUGUUAUUGGAAUACUUGAGGAUGUUUCACAUGCUCUAUCUGGGCGUGACAAAUGCAAAUGUAAUUUUUUUAAAGAUGUUAAAAAGGAGAAGAUUGAAAAAAUGAAGAUUGUGAGCGAUUAUUGUGAAGAUUAUGAAACCAUUGAGAGCACUCUAAAAGCUCAUAAUUAUACUUGCGACAAGAAUGUUAGCAAUUAUCUUCUUAAAGCGACUGAUGCAUAUGAAGAAAUGUAUGAAUGUACACAAGAAAACUCUAAAUCAUAUUGUAAAGAACUUAAAAAGCAUGUUCCUAGUUGUUUUGAAAAAAAGUUAUCUUCUUUGACAUGUAAAAUAAAGGAUCUCACCGCAAAUGAACAAGGCACAAGUCCAUAUAACACUACUAAUCUUGAUCUAGAAUAUGUAAUCAAUGUAUCUGCCUUUAGUUCAUCUCAAAUUUUUCUGUUCUUUGUUCUACCCUUUGUCGGCAUUUUCUUCAUUGGCUUCCUACUAUAUAAAUUUACUCCAAUUGUAUCAUGCAUACAUAAUAAAGUAUUAAAGAAAAAAUCAAUUAGACGUAAUUUGGAUGAAAUGGAUAUACUAGAAUUAACAGAAUACACGAAUGAACAAAGAAAAUCAAAUUUAGGUAGAAAACAACUAAAUGUAGCAUAUCAUGCCGCAUGA